AUGGGUAGUGCUUGUUAAAGUUUAUAGAUUGCAUCUAAACAAAAGUAAAAUAAUUGUGGUGCAGAAAGUGAGUGCAAUUCAAUCAAAAGGGCAAUUUUUGAGCAUCCAAGAUAAAUUCUAGAUUCUGUGAGUUCAAUUUCCUCAUAUUCUGAUCAAUAUUCUUCUCGCCCUUUGCAAACUGUUGGUUAAAUUAAAACAUAAGAUUGGAUUUACUUAAAUAAGAGUGAUAAUAAUAACUAAACGACAGGAAGAGUUAAUAGGAGUUUAAAUGAAAAUAGCUUAAGUCCACUUAAGAAGGAAUAUCAAAAUAAUUUUUCUGAUUUGUCUGUAGAACUGAUUGCUGAGGAUUAGGUAUAAUUGAUAAUCCCGACCAAAUUUAAAAGGUCUUUGAUAAGAAGAAGAGUAACUUCUAAGGUAGAUUUAUUGAAUAAGGUGAAAUAAAUGAAAUAUCAAGAAAAAUUUAAAAGAAGAAAAACUUGA